CCGCCAUGUUGCGGCCCCUCCCCGCGGGCGGGAGCAAGAUGGCGGCGGAGCGCAUCUUCGACCGGGCGGUGUCGGUGCGAGUGCGGGGCUGCGGCUGCGAGGAGCGGAGAUUAAAUGUUCGAGUGAAUAUUGAACUACUGUCAAUUUCUAAUCCUGUUCAUAAAAAGGACUUAGCUGUUCGAUUGACUGAUGAUACUGAUCCUUUUUUCCUUUAUAACCUUGUCAUAUCUGAGGAAGAUUUUCAAAGACUGUUGUGUGUGUGUGAACUAGUUCAGGGAAAUAAUUACGAGAGUUUGAAGUCCCAACAAGGUCUCUUGGUAGACUUCUCUGCUUUCCCGCAAAAAUUUAUAGAUCUGCUUCAGCAAUGCAUUCAGGAGCAGAACAAAGAUAUCCCAAGGUUUUUGCUGCAGUUAGUUUCUUCAGCACCUGCGCUAGAUCAUACACCUGUCUCUUUAAAUGUAGUGGAGACCAACCCCUUCAAACACCUUACCCAUCUCUCUCUAAAAUUCCUGCCAGGAACUGAUGCGGAAAUAAAGAAGUUUUUAGCCAACUGUUUGAAAUGCCUUAAGGAGGAUAAAAUGAUGUUGGAAGAAAAGCUUAAAAAAACUGAAGAGGAUCUUACCAGGCAACUGAGCUACACUCAACAGAACUUGUCAGAGAAGAGCCGUGAACUUGACAAACUGAAAAAUGAAUGGACGUCCUACACUACAGCUCUGAGCAACAAACACUCACAGGAGCUGACAAGUGAAAAGGAAAGAGCUCUCCAGGCACAAACUCAGUACCAACAACAGCACGAACAACAGAAAAAGGAGUUGGAGAACUUGCAUCAGAAAAGUAUUCAGCAGUUGCAGACCAGACUCUCAGAACUCGAGGUCAUCAAUAAGGACCUGACAGAGAGGAGAUACAAAGGAGACUCCACAGUCAGAGAACUGAAAGCAAAGCUUUCUGGAUUAGAAGAUGAAUGCCAAAGAGCAAAGCAGGAGGUGCUGUCCCUGCGCCGGGAGAACACAACUCUGGAUGCUGAAUGUCAUGAAAAAGAGAAACUCAUUAAUCAGCUGCAGACACGAGUUGCUGUCCUGGAACAAGAGAUCAAAGACAAAGAUCAGCUUGUCACCAGAACAAAAGAAGUCUUGGAUGCAACACAAGAGCAAAAGGUGAUACUGGAAGAGAGUACAGAGGAAAAGCAAAGGCAUAUUGAAAAACUAGAGACAACAAUUAAGUCGCUGUCAGCUGAACUCCUUAAGGCUAAUGAAAUUAUCAAGAAAUUACAAGGAGAUUUGAAAACUCUAAUGAGUAAAUUAAAAUUGAAAAAUACAGUAACAAUUCAACAAGAAAAACUAUUGGCAGAAAAAGAAGAGAAACUUCAAAAAGAGCAGAGGGAGUCACAGGAGAUGGGACAAUCCCUUCAGAUGAAAGAGCAGGAGGUUUGCAAGCUACAAGAACAGCUAGAAAGUACAAUACAAAAACUCGAAGAAAGCAAGCAGUUACUGAAAACCAAUGAAAAUGUUAUCACCUGGUUGAACAAACAGCUGAGUGAAGUUCAGAUGGCAAAGAAGCUGGACACCUCUGCCAGUGCCCAUGGUGGUGGGAGGGCUGCUGUUUCACCUCACAGCAUGCCUGACCGACCAUCCUUUCACAGCUCGGGAAUCAGUCAUCCCAUUUCUCCUUUCUAUGCCUUCCAGAACUUUCUGGAACCGACACACAACAAAAAUGGGAAUUCCCAAUGUCCAGUACCAAAGGUUCAGUUGAACUCACAGCUUUUGAAAUUGAAUCGAUGUUCGGAUGCUCACACAGUGCCUGCAGCCGGUCACCCAGCGAAUAAGGAGAAUGGUGAUCAGCUGGGUCUGGAAUCCAAGUAUUUCAAGAGAAAAGAUGACAGCAUUCCUUUACGAGGGCUUAGUCAAAACACACUUAACUCGGAGUACCUGAGACCCUACUUGCCAACCAAAGCCCAGCUGUCACCAAAAGCUGCUGGAACACCAGCCUCGGCCUAUUUUCCUGGAUCAUAGACAGGGUUCUUACAGUAAGAGUCCUCUUUUAACUGUUGGGGGGGGAUGUUUGAAUGUCCUGCAAUAGAGUGUUAGUAAAGUAUCAGUGUGAACUGACACAAUUUUAUGAGCCAGUUUUCUUUGAGGAAGGGAGCUUGACUGACUUGGAUGAUGUUUCAGUGCUUGAGCCUAAGGACAGGAAGAUAAAGCUUUAAGGAGCUUUAGUGGGAACAACACUGCUGUCACCAGGGCUGUGCAGAAUUUCCUUAGUAUAUUGUUGACACUGUAAAUCCUCCUAAAAACCCACCUAAGUUCUCUGAUUUUUUUGUAACAGGUGAAAUAUACGUUCCCUGAGUGAGAACACUUACCUGAAUUUCUAUUUCUUGACUCCUUUCAGAGAAAGGAUGAGGCAGAGGGAAAGCACAAGAAAACUGUGCUGUGCUGUCCUUUUCAGUAAUGGUCAAGCUCAUAUGUUGGCAUGACUGCCUCACUAACCUUCCCCUUACAGUUCGGUUUUAAAAACUUGCUUAAUUUUGGAACCAGCUUAUUUGAAGUGCAUAUAGACUUACAAAUCUCAUACAAAAAAUGCUAAAUUAUUUCACUGAAGGUAUAAAAUUAAAAUUCUCACUGUUGGUUCCCCUAACUUUUCUGUGAAUUGCUCAGUAUUCCAUUCCAUAGGCCACCACGUUAAAACAUUAAAAGAUGAGGUAGCUGAAUAGUUAACUGUUGCCAAGUAUCAACAUUUUAAAGUUCCUUUAUUUUUAUAUAUCAUACUUUACAACUGUAAGACUACAAAGAAAUUUAAGAUUCUCUUACACGUAUUCAGCUUGUUCUGCUGUGUGGGUUCAAAUGCUAGAAUCAUGUAAUGUUUCUGUUCUGUGCCAUCUUUCACUUGGUAUCCCCUGCAGAACGAGCAUGCACAGACUUCUGCCAGGCAAAUACCCUUACAAUAACUAUUCCUUAUUUUUGUUAAAGGUAUUUCAUUCCUUUUACUUUAGUUACUCAAGUGCACCCAGAGGAUUGUUCAGUGAUUUGUUUUGCUGUGUGAAAUGUGUAAGUUUGUUUAUAAAUUAGCACCAUGUUAAUGUGUAGUGUCGAGUUUUGUCAUGUGUGUUGCAAUGGAAAUAUUAAAUGGUUUUUAUCAAAA